GUUCCGAUUGAAUGGUCACGACUAAUACUUUUGGUUGGUACCGCGAUCUAAUUCCGUAUUUCUCCUGUGGUCACACGUAAAGGAGUGUUUGAUUUGGUGAUUAUGCGUUGCGUUGUUUGUGAUGUGUUGCCCGUUGGUUCUUGUUCAUUGAUAUGAAGAGAAUAUAGUGUAGUGAUGAAGGGAUUGAUGCAAGUGUUGUGUGUAUAUUUACAAUGAUGGUCGGGAUAAAGGACAUGUGCGGGGAGGACAUAAAGCGGCACCAUGGCGAGCUGAAGGUGCUGGAACAGCCGCGAUUGAGCGGCCUGUGCGACGGCAGUCUGUCGAAUUUGGGCGGCUCGUUGAGCAGCAGCUCGAACGACGGGGACAAGCCGACGAAACAGAAACGGCACCGGACCAGAUUCACGCCCGCCCAGCUCAACGAGUUGGAACGGUGCUUCAGCAAGACCCACUAUCCGGACAUCUUCAUGCGAGAGGAGAUCGCCAUGAGGAUCGGACUGACCGAGUCUAGGGUUCAAGUUUGGUUCCAGAACCGCAGGGCGAAGUGGAAGAAGAGGAAGAAGACCACCAACGUGUUCCGUACGCCGGGAGCUCUUUUGCCGUCACACGGUCUUCCUCCGUUUGGUGCUAUGGGCGAUGGCAUUUGCGGUUCCAGCAUGUUCAGUACCUCCGAAUCACGUUGGGGCGUCGCAGGAAUGGCAACAGGGUUGGGACAAUUGGGACAAGGAUCGGUGUCCAUGAGCGGGUUCGGUCAAUCACUGGGACAGCUGAACCAAAGCUCUGGCCUCAGUCCAGCCCUGCCCAUUAGUACGGCUGCAGCCAGCACGGUGUAUCAAGCUCAUUACGGCUUAAAUUCCCUUGGUGACAGCAUGAUGACGUACUGCCAGAGCGGCGGCGGAGGUGGCGCGGGCGGCGGUACACCGGGCGGCGCCGGCAACGGCGCUUCACCGCCACCCCAAAUUCCGUGUUCGGGGGCGGCGGCCGCCACUCCGCCAGUGGCGGCGGCGGGCGCCUCCCCCGGCGCCGCUGGCGGCGACGACGACGACGUGUGGCGUGGACACAGCAUCGCUGCCCUGCGGCGGCGCGCUUCCGAGAUAAGCGCCGCCAUACCGUCGUAUCUGCAAAUCAACUACGACACGCACAGCAACGCUUCCGUUUAUUAGACAGGAGCGUCGCGACCCCAUUCUUGGUCAUGGGUUCGUCCCCGGCUGUUUAUGUUUUUAUCAAUGAAGACGGUGCGGUGUGUCUUAUUUAACGUGGGGAUUUCUCAAGAUUUCUUCGAUUUAAUUCGUAGUAACAUAAGGUAUCAAAUCGUUCCAUCAAAAUAUGUCUGUCUAAUCGAAGUCGUCUGAUAUUUCUUUUUAAUUCCAUUGGUUUUAUUCAGUGCUAUUUGUGCUAAUUAAGAAGAAAUAUUAAAAAUGCAAUUUAAUGCAACAUUGAAUAAUAUAUGUUUUUAAAAUAGAGUAUAAAACCAUGUUAUAAACGUUCGUCGCUCGAUAAUUUAAUUAUUUUGACAAUACAAAAAAAGAAUUUCAAUUUUUCAGCCUUAAUUGAAUCAUGUCCGUACUAAAAUCAAUACUUUAAAUCGUAUUUGUUUUUAAAACAGAAAAAAAGAAAAUCCUUAAUAAAUAAUACACAUUUGGGCACUGCCAUGUGAACGUACUAAUUAUAUUUGUUUUCUACUGUUGUUAAUUUGGUAAUACAUUGGAAUCAUUUUAAAGCUUUAAAAACCUCUUUGCUUAAUAAAAUAUGGAUGAACUGGGACUGAUGCAUUAUUUAUUUUAUUAUCGAUUCCCAAAGUUUAUUUAGUUUAUUUUGUAAAAUAUUUAUAAACCCAUCAUACCAAUAUAUUAUCAAAUCUGAUUGUAAAAAAAGUAGUCUUCAUGUAUGUUUUCAUUUACUUUCUUAGAUAAGAAACAAUAAAAUUUAACUAUUACCUGUUUCACAGUAUACGGACUGGACCUGGUGUUUUUACAUUAGAACCGUAACACACAGUAUAUGAACACGGUAAAUAUGUAUACCAAAAUCUAAUCCAAACACGUAUACUUACUGUAUGUACAAAUGUAAAUUCUGAUGUAAAAAUGUCACAUUCUUAAUAUUGCAAUAACAUUCCUGUUAAUUCCUGUUCAAACGCUGAAAGAAAUAGGUACAAUUUUCUCUAUUAAAAAAAGUGCAUCAUUUACACGCGUGGAAAUACAAACAUUUAAAAUUUUUAUAAUUAGAAAUUACACCUGUAUUAUACUUCCAAGUAAAAUCAUUUUGCAUUUAUGAAUAAUAUAUGUGCAAUAUUUGAAUGCGAAGCGGUUUUACGGACUACAAAUAGUGUGGCGUCUAUGUAUACGAUGUAAAAUAAUAAUUGUACAAAGAAAUAAAUAACUUGUAUGUUGAAUGGCAUAUUACAUGGUUAUAUGGUAAAAUAGUGUGACGUGUUUAAAUUUUUGUCGGGGUCAGAAUAUGGUAAUUAAUUCAUUUUUUUUGUUCGUUUUUAUUCUUACAGCUUUAUAUUUUUUAGUAAAUAAAUCAGUACUUGUAUUCGUACGCAUUCCCAUGUUCUGACACAAUUUUAGAGUAGAUAAGGAAACGAGGAAGCUCCCAAUUUCUCACAGUAUACAAAGUAACAGCAGUAUACGUCAUUAUAAAAUGAUUUUGUUUCAACAUUAGUUGUACUAAUUUUAUUUAUUAGAGAUAUAUUAUCUCAUUGAAUCAGUGAUAGAAGUGUACGAUUUGUAAUUUUCUUUUCUAUAUAUUUAGUAGAUAUAUUUUUAAAUGUAUUUUUAAUGAGAAUAUUGAAUGUACUAUAUCUAAAAUUUUAGUUUUAUUGUAAAAUUAUGUAUUGAUUAUGUG